GUGUUGUGCUCUCUCUUUCCCAUCUUUCCCUCUCCCGCUCUCCCUCCCACAAGCCAUUGGGCUAUCGAUCACCAUGAUAUCUCGAGCGGUGGCUCCUUCGUCUUCCCCCCUCGCCACCCUUUCCUCCCGUUCUCUCCGCCUCCAGGGUGCAGCCACCCGCUCGUUCGCAACCGUCCAGGACAAUGCCCCCCCCGUAAGGCAUCACGGCGGUCUGAAGGACCAGGAUCGGAUUUUCACAAACCUGUACGGACACCAUGGCGUGGACCUGAAGUCUGCGAUGAAGUUUGGAGACUGGCACAAGACCAAGGAAAUUGUGAUGAAGGGCGAUGACUGGCUCAUCUCGGAACUCAAAGCCUCUGGCCUUCGUGGCCGUGGUGGUGCCGGUUUCCCUUCCGGUCUGAAAUACUCUUUCAUGAACUUCAAGGACUGGCAGAAGGACCCCAGACCUCGUUAUCUGGUUGUCAAUGCCGAUGAGGGUGAGCCCGGAACCUGCAAGGACCGUGAGAUCAUGCGCAAAGACCCCCACAAGCUCAUCGAGGGCUGUCUCGUCGUUGGUCGGGCUAUGAAUGCCAAUGCCGCCUACAUCUACAUCCGUGGUGAAUUCUACUACGAAGCUACCGUCCUCCAGCAGGCCAUCAACGAGGCCUACCAGGCCGGUCUGAUCGGCAAGAACGCCUGCGGAACUGGCUAUGACUUCGAUGUGUACAUCCACCGUGGAAUGGGCGCCUACGUCUGCGGCGAGGAGACCUCCCUCAUUGAAUCGAUCGAAGGCAAGGCCGGCAAGCCCCGUCUGAAGCCGCCAUUCCCUGCGGCCGUCGGUCUUUUUGGCUGCCCCAGUACCGUCACCAACGUCGAGACCGUCGCUGUUACCCCUACAAUCAUGCGUCGCGGUGCUAGCUGGUUUUCCUCCUUUGGCCGUGAACGUAAUGCCGGAACCAAGCUCUUCUGUAUCUCAGGUCAUGUCAACAACCCCUGCACAGUGGAAGAGGAGAUGUCCAUCCCCCUGCGUGAGCUGAUCGACCGCCACUGCGGUGGUGUCCGCGGCGGCUGGGACAACCUUCUUGCCGUCAUCCCUGGUGGUUCUUCCACCCCUGUUAUCCCCAAGUCCGUCUGCGAUGACCAGGUCAUGGAUUUCGACGGUCUCAAGGACUCGCAAACUGGUCUGGGUACCGCCGCCGUCAUUGUCAUGGACAAGUCCACCGACAUUGUGCGCGCCAUCUCGCGUCUGUCUGUCUUCUACAAGCACGAGAGUUGCGGCCAGUGCACUCCCUGCCGUGAGGGCAGCACAUGGACCAUGAAGAUGAUGCAACGUCUAGAGAAGGGCCAGGCCCGCGAGCGCGAAAUCGACAUGCUUCAGGAGCUUACCAAGCAGGUCGAGGGUCACACUAUCUGUGCUCUGGGUGAGGCUUUCGCGUGGCCCAUCCAGGGUCUGAUCCGACAUUUCCGUCCCGAGCUGGAAGCCCGCAUCAAGCAGUUUGAGCAGGAUUUGGGUGGCAAGAGCUCCCUCGCUGGUGGCUGGCACCCUAACAGCCGGGCCGAGGGCAAGCUGAUUUCCCCGGGCAUGUAAUUUUACAACAUCAUACACUUACACAGUUGAUUAUUCCCCAAAAUCGAAAUCGAAAUCGAAAUCGAACUUGAAAUUGAAAUUGAAAUCGAACCCUUGGCUACUAUAGCAUAGAUGGUUGCACGCCUAUACUUGGUGAUAGAGAAGUGAACUAAACUGUAUGUAUGGUGGAAUAGGUGUUAUAUUACCUCUCUUUUUUCCUUUUCUUUUACUAGUGUCUCUAUUUCUAUUCCUGUUUGUUUUGUGUGUGCGUGUCUUUUUCACUGUGUUUUUUUAGAUUAUUAGGGUUGAUCAUGUACAGUUUCCCUAGUAGCAAUGAAUGAUUGUUCU